AGACACACUAACCUCAGGUUCAUGUGACUUGUCUGAUCAGCGAUGGACACAUGGUGCUUCACAAUAUACAUGCCAGUAAUGAUGAUGAUGAUAUCUGUAGCUUCAAUGCAAGAUCAUUUUUGGGGAGCAGAAAUUAUUGGAAAGGGCACCGUAAAUGCUGGGGAAGAUCUACAGUUAAAGUGCAGCAACUUUGACAAACAUGCAUCAAAAGACCAGACUAACAUAUAUCUGUGUAAAGAUGGUGUUGGAAUGAUGUUGGAACUACUUGUAAAGAAAGAUGAGCUCAUCUUCACUUUGAGAAAUGUUUCAGUGCUGGACUCGGGAAACUACAGUUGUGUUUACUCAUUAAACAAAUAUCCUCCUAAGAAUGUGACUGCAUCAGGAAAGAACUCAGUCUACGUCCAAGUCAUUGGUGUUAAACCAAAAGAUUCUGAAGAGAACUCUUCAAAAGGAACACAAAAGGUUCCUCUUGGUGUUGUGCUCCUUGUGCUCCUGGUUGGGAUACUUCUACUUGGAAUGUAUUGUAUUACAAGAAGAAUAUUUAAGAAGUUCUUCCAAAACCUAGGGCAAAGUGAGCAAGUCAAGACAGACCAUGAAGGUAAUGAAGACAAUGAAGGUUCAGAAAAAGUGAUGCAGACCAUGAAAAGGGAACCCUCUUUUGAUGACAUGUGUGAAUACACCACAAUACCAGAUUCAGAAGUUGACACAAGUCCAGAUGCUUUUUGUUACAUUGAGAGUGGGGUGUACAGUCUGGUUCAAGGCAGUGCUGUAUACAGCUUAGCAAAGCAUGCUGAUAUGAAGACAGACACUGAACAACCCAGUACAUCAACAGCUGUCUAUGCAAAAGUACAGAGGACGAAAAACAAAAUAGGUCAUGAUGAAUUUACCAUGUAUUAAUAGAUCAAUAUUUUGCAUUAUUAGUCAUCUUCCUGUAUUUGUAAAAUUUCUUUAAAAAUCAGUUACAGUCUUUAAUGAACUUAGGUACUCAUUUUUGUUGUAUUGCGACGAGUUAAGUAGCCUAGCAUGAUGGAUGAAAAUGUAAGCAUACAUUAAAAAGCAAAAUUAUUAACUCUCAAUUAUUAACAAUCACAUGUUCUAAUGUGAUGUUAAUAAUCUAAGUAUGGCUGUAUUACAUCAGCAUUGGAGUACACCAGUGAAAAAUGUUUAUAUACCAUUUAUGUCCUACCUUUGAUGACUCAGUGCAUGGAAAUGUUUAUGUUGACAUUAGUUUUUGUAGUAAAACAGCACAGUAAGUACCAAAUUCGACAAUGACAUAGCAGCGUUUUAACGCUACCUGACCUAUUUUUUCAAUGUUUUUUGUCAGUGGGAAUGGAUAGAAACUAAACACCAUAGCCAGAGUUGCAUAGCUGGACCUUAAAAUUCAAAAUGGUGUGCUGCUAAAGAACUGAAAGCAAAUUACUAACAUGAUCAUAUUUUAUGAGAUCCUAUUCUUUAUGCUUUGAUGAUGUGUGUGAAAAUCUCUGUCUGAUCAUGGCUGUGUAAGCAUUUUAGACCAUGUGAGUAUUGACAGUGGCAUAACCAUUGCAACCCUCACUUUUAUAGGUCCCACAGGCCCAUCUUGUUAACUAUAGCUAGAACUUAAAAGUCAAAACAAACUACAUCAAUACAUCAACACACACAAGCACCUAAUAAAAAUGCAAAUACUGUAUUUGAUAUGCAUAUAGAUUGUAGUAUUGACUUCUAAGUUUCUUUUUUUGUGCAUUGUUUUAUGUCUUAACCUUUGUCAAUAAGAUUUCAAUUUAUUCCAGUGCAGUAUUACUAAUCACUAAACUGGUGAACAAUUCCAUCAGUGCUACUGAUACUAUUAAUUUAUGUGCAUUAUUAAUGUCCUUUAUAUUAUACACAGAACUACUAUUUUACACAUUGUUUCUCAAAUUCCUCUUCUUAAUAUAUGUUAAAUUCUGCAUUGUAGACUGUAGAUAAAUAAACAAUCUUUAUUGAGCUUCA